AUGAAGCUUCUGAUUUUGAUCCCUUUGAUAUUCCAGCUGGGUUUCAGCUAUCCCCACCAUAUCAUUCCACUAUCCUAUGACCUACUUUUCAAACUCCCAAUUCACGAAUUCAAUGGAUUCACUGGAUCCAUGGUCCUCCAUUUUAAUCUAUCAUCACUUUCUGAUAAUAUCACUUUGGAUGCAAUGGAUCUUCAUUCAUUCCGAAAUAUUUCCUUGAUUCGUUCUUCUGAUCUAACAGAACCUUCUCUAAAGUCGAUUAAAAUUCUAAAAGAAACUGUGGAGUUUAAAUUUGAGAAGUCGUUGUUUCCAGGACAGUAUCUUUUGACCAUUGGAGAGUACAACGGUAGAAUUGGAAACGCGUCAGAAGGAUUAUUCGAAAGACGUCAUCCUCUUCUCUAUACAACUCAUCUUCAACCGAAUCAUGCCAGAAAACUAUUCCCAUGUAUUGAUCAUCCAGCUGUCAAAGCCUUAUUCCGUCUCUCAAUUGUCCAUCCAACGGAUACUGUAGCUCAAUCUAAUACGAUUGCAAUGGAUGUACACGUGGAGAAUCGGAAGUGGCAGAGGACUAUUUUCCAGGCGACACCAUUGCUUCCGGCUUAUUUGGUCGCUUUUUCGGUCAUGCCGGAUUCGAAUUUACAGCUAUCCCGUCAAACAUCAUUUGGUGUCACAGUUCGGGUCAAUGGAGAAUCCCGUGCAAUUGUUCUUCGUGUCCUGGAUUGCGCGUUGGCCAGUUUCGAAAUUCUUGCUGGGCUUAUUGAUGUUCCACUGCCGUUGAAUAAAAUUGACUUCAUUCUGGUUCAAGAUUACGAUGGGGGAAUGGAGAACUGGGGACAUAUUACUGUAUCGGAAACACUUGCUACUUCUGGAGAUGAUGCACAUUUGAUAUAUUUGAUCGCCCACGAAAUCGCCCAUCACUGGAUCGGAAACCGAGCAACUGUUGAUUCGUGGAAUUGGAUUUGUCUUCAAGAGGAUUUGGCGGAUUGGAUGGCUUUGAAAGCAGUCAAAGCCUUGUUGACUGACGAGAUCAGGCUUCAAAGGUUCCAGUUGGCACAAUAUGUGGAGAUUCAGUUGGUUGAAGACUUUUUGAGUCCGGGACAUUCUUUGUUCAUGCCAUCAAAGAUCAAUCAAGAAUUGAUCAACCGUCACUGUUAUCUGAAAGGAGUUGUUCUUCUGGACACUUUGGAAUCAGUCGUCGGAGAACAAUUCAUGUAUUCUGUCAUCAAAUCUCUGGUUGCCUCUCAUUCAACAUUCAAUUUGACCACAUUCACUUCUUACUUUGAUCAGAUUCGAGUGGAUCGGAAUGCAACUGUCGGACAGAUUUACGAAUACUGGUACACUACUGGAGGAUAUCCAUCGAUCCUUGUUGAAAACAACGGACCAUCCUCUCGUCUUCAACAACUCUCCAAACCACUUUGGCCUCUGAAAAUGACUUCGACUCUUUCGAUUCCCCAAUUUGUUUUCUCUGAAUCCAUCGUUUUUGCUUCGGAAUCUGCACCACUUUUGGUCAAUCUGAAUUUCACUUCCUUUAUGAGAGUCAACUACGAUUCGUUGACAUGGACCGCCAUUUUUAAGUACAUGUUCGAAGAGCCGGAGCUGUUUUCCGCUGUUGGAAGAGCUCAAUUGGUUUCAGAUUUCUGUUAUUUCCAUGCGAAUGAUGGGGUGGAGAAUGGAAACAUUUUGAAGGAAGCUGUAGUGGACAUGGUCUACUCAAAACCCGAAUUCUUCGAACUGUGUGACUGGAACCUCUACUGGUGUCACUCGAAAUCCGAUCAAUCCCUAUUCUCUCAAGUUGUCCGUAGUCUGGCACUUCGUUUCUCAUCGGCCACAUUCGAAUCCACAUCCGCAUUUGGCUGCAAAAAUGGGAUGGCCGCUCGAAACAUGAACCAAUUCUGCGAGAAAAUAUUCGGAAGAAAGUGCAUUUAA